CAUCUGACGUGCGAUCAUAUUUUAUUUUACAGCUGCUGUGCCAGCCCGUUUCUCUAUAAUAAUUGCAAACUUUAUACUUAAUUAUAUCUUUAGACAUUUCUACUACCGGGUUGCUACGUAGUAUCCGUACGCCCGUCAAUCUCAAUUUACUUGGUUGAUUACUUUUUCCAUUUUCAAUCGCUUUGAAAAUUGGUUUAAAUAUUCGCAUGUGCGAUCAUAAUAUUCCGAUGAGUGAAUCUGAAAUUUAAUACUAAAUUUUCCAUAACGAUUUUUCUUUAAAAUAUUCAUUAUGGCAUACUGUAGAACAUUUCAAAGCCAGGUGCAGUGGACGAAACUAUUGUCAGGAGAAAUCCAGCAAAGAUGUUUCCACUCAUCUCCUGCUGUUUUCAGUGCAUGCAAAGUCGCAAUGAGCAAAUUAGAUGUUAAACCAUUACCGUAUGAAACCUUAGAAAAACGCAUCAAAAUUGUUUCAGAUAGAUUGAGAAAGCCAUUAUCUUUAGCUGAAAAAGUUCUUUAUUCUCAUUUGGAUGAUCCUGUUAAUCAAGAAAUUGAACGUGGUGUUACAUACUUAAAAUUAAGACCAGACCGUGUAGCUAUGCAAGAUGCUACAGCUCAAAUGGCUAUGUUACAAUUUAUAUCUUCUGGAUUACCAAAAGUAGCAGUACCUUCCACUAUUCAUUGUGAUCACUUGAUUGAAGCCCAAGUGGGUGGUGUUGAAGAUUUAAAACGUGCUAAAGAAUUAAAUGAAGAAGUAUAUAAUUUUUUGAAAACUGCUGGUGCUAAGUAUGGUGUGGGAUUUUGGCAUCCCGGUUCUGGUAUUAUUCAUCAGAUUAUUCUUGAGAAUUAUGCUUUCCCAGGGUUACUGAUGAUUGGUACAGAUUCCCAUACACCAAAUGGUGGUGGUUUGGGUGGCUUGUGCAUUGGUGUUGGUGGUGCAGAUGCUGUUGAUGUUAUGGCUGACAUUCCAUGGGAACUUAAAUGUCCAAAAGUUAUAGGUGUUCAUCUAUCUGGUAAAAUGACUGGGUGGACAACACCUAAAGAUGUCAUUUUAAAAGUAGCUGAUAUAUUAACUGUCAAAGGGGGUACGGGUGCAAUUAUAGAAUACCAUGGUCCUGGUGUAGAUAACAUUUCAUGCACAGGUAUGGGAACUAUUUGUAAUAUGGGAGCUGAAAUUGGAGCUACUACUUCAAUUUUCCCAUUUAAUCACCGUAUGGCUGAUUAUUUAAAAGCUACUUCUCGUGGAGAUAUUGCUAAAGAGGCUGCUAAAUACAGUAAAUCAUUGUUAACACCUGAUCAAGGAAGCCAUUAUGAUGAAAUAAUUGAAAUUGAUUUAUCAACAUUAGAACCUCAUGUAAAUGGACCAUUCACACCUGAUCUCGCUCAUCCUAUUACAAAGCUUGGCAAAAAUGCUAAAGAAAAAGAUUGGCCUUUAGAUAUAAAAGUUGGGUUAAUUGGAAGUUGUACUAAUUCAAGUUAUGAAGAUAUGUCUAGAUGUGCUAGUAUUGCUAAAGAAGCAUUAGCACAUGGCCGUAAAUCAAAAAUUCCUUUUAAUGUUACGCCUGGAUCUGAACAAAUCAGAGCCACAAUUGAAAGAGAUGGAAUUGCUCAAAUAUUGAGAGAUUUUGGUGGUACAGUAUUGGCUAAUGCAUGUGGCCCAUGUAUUGGACAAUGGGACCGUAAAGAUAUUAAAAAAGGUGAUAAAAAUACUAUUGUAAGUUCAUAUAAUCGAAACUUUACUGGACGAAACGAUGCCAAUGCAGCUACUCAUGCAUUUGUGACUUCACCUGAACUAGUUACUGCUCUAGCUAUUGAAGCUCGUUUGGACUUUGAUCCUACCAAUCAAACUAUCAAAGGAGCUGAUGGCAAAGAAUUUAAAUUGAGUAAUCCAUUUGGAGCUGAAUUACCAGCUAGAGGUUUUGAUCCUGGUCAAGAUACUUAUCAAGCACCACCAAGUGAUGGUAGUUCAAUUAAUGUUGAUGUUGAUCCAAAAUCACAAAGACUUCAACUGUUAGAGCCAUUUAAGGUUUGGGAUGGUAAGGACUUGGAAGGACUCACUAUUCUGAUCAAAGUUACAGGAAAAUGUACUACUGAUCACAUUUCUGCAGCAGGACCAUGGUUGAAGUAUCGUGGUCAUUUAGAUAAUAUUUCUAACAAUAUGUUUUUAACUGCUGUUAAUGCUGAUAACAAUGAGAUGAACAAGGUUAAGAAUCAAGAAACUGGUGAAUGGGGUGGAGUACCUGAUACAGCAAGAGCUUAUAAAGCUAAAGGUGUACAAUGGGUUGUAUUUGGUGAUGAAAACUAUGGUGAAGGCAGUAGUCGAGAACAUGCAGCUUUAGAACCACGUCAUUUAGGUGGACGAGCUAUCAUUGUAAAAUCAUUUGCUCGCAUUCAUGAAACUAACUUAAAAAAACAAGGUGUAUUGGCAUUAACAUUUGCUGACACUAAGGAUUACGAAAAAGUUCAACCAACUGAUAAAGUAUCAAUUAUAGGCCUUAAUGAAUUCACUCCAGGAAAACCAUUGAAGUGCAUUUUGUCACACACUAAUGGUAGCAAAGAUGAAAUAUGGUUGAACCACACAUUCAAUGAACAACAAAUUGAAUGGUUUAAAGCUGGAAGUGCAUUAAAUCGUAUGAAGCAAAUUGCUGCAUCUAAAUAAAUUAUAAAACUGUAAAAUAGCAAUGUUUUUAUUAAAUCUAUUCACUAUUAUUUAUUAUUUUAUUUCAAUAAAAACUUUUAUGUAUAAAAAACUAUUUUAGUAAAAUUACUUAGAUUUGUAAUUUAAUAUUAUUGAAUGUAGGUACUAUUAAGUAUCAUAUUAUGAAUGAUUGUAUUGUAACAGAUGUUAGUCGAUUAAUAAUUAUAGUUAAAAUUCUUGUAUAUUUAUUAUUUA